AUGCCCACAAUAGGGGUGGACUUCAAGAUCAAGACCCUCACCGUGGACGGCCAAACGGUCAAGCUACAGAUAUGGUUGGUAUACACCUACACGUGCCUCAACUCCACGCGCCUUUGUUGGCCUCACCUCACCGUCUUCUGGCAACCCACCCACCCCCAGGGACACAGCAGGCCAAGGGCCAACGGGAUUAUUCUCAUCUAUGACAUCACCAGCGAACGAAGCUUUCAGAGCGUCAGCAGCUGGCUGCAGGAAGUCAACCGCUACCUAGGCCACAAGUCCGACGUGAGGAAGCUGCUGAUUGGCAACAAGGCCGACCUCGAACACGAACGGCAGGUCUCCACGGAGCAGGGCAAGGCCUUUGCAGAAGCGAAUGGUCUCCCCUUCUUGGAGGCGAGCGCAAAGAAGGACAUCAACGUGGAGCAGAUGUUCCGCUCCCUGGCCGAGGCCGCCGUGAGGCGAUCUUCAUCCACGAUGCCUCGCCUGGAGCCCGCUGCACGCACCGACGUCGUGCGCCUGCAGGCCGGAGAUGCUGCCACCCACCAGACCGGACCUGCACAUCACCUCAUGGACCACCAAGACCAGCGCCAACAACAACAACACCAGCAGCAGCAGCAGCAGAGGGAGGAGCUGAAGGAGGGCGGCAAUGUCCCGGCAUCGCUCCUGCUGCACACGGGCAACGUGCUACAGGUCCUGCCCGCCCUCGCCCCCCACGCCUCGCCUCGAACCGAGCUGCUGCGCAUGUGCGAGGUGGCGCUCUACCGGAGCCAGCAGGGAGCCCUUGAGGACCGCCGCGCCUUUGCCAUAGGCGCGCAGCACCAGGACGUCAAGCUCACCGUCAAGCUGUUCCUGGGGGAGGGCGCUGGUGCCAGCCAAGCACAGGCCCAAGUGCGGGAGGCCGUCGCUGCGCUGCUCCGACAUCUGGAGGUGGAGUUCGUCGACACGCUCCUGCUGGCGCCGCCUCCCUCCUUCACCUCCUCGUCCUCUUCCUCGUCCUCGCUGCUGCGGGUCUCACCGGAGGCGGCCGUUGACGAGCUGCUCCUGCCCGCGUGGCGGGCGCUCGAAGAACUGGUGGCGGACGGCCGCCUGCGCACGCUUGGCACCUGCGGCCUUCAGCAGGCAGCGCUGGCUCACUUACACGCCCUCGCCACGGUCAAGCCACGCACCAAUCAAAUCUACACGAACGAGCUCACCACGGAGACACGGACCCUGCUCGCUUUUGCCAAAAGCCACCACAUGUCGCUGCUCGCUCUACCCGAAGACGCCCACCUUUCGGUCGGGGACAUCAACGUGGACAGCCUGCGCGCCAAGUACCCCUCCUCGCUGGGCAAGGACGGCCACUGGCGAGUAGAUUGGCUGGCCCGCUACUGCGGCGCCUACAAGUGCCGGACCGCCCUUGCGAGGAAAGGGUACUUCGUCCAGUGCCGCAACCAGAAGUAA